UAAGCGGAUACUUGGAACCUGUUGAACAAUCUUCCUCCGAAUCGUCUUGGAUGCAUGAAAUUGUCACGGUUGAAACUUUUCGUAUACAAGAAAUAUGUUUUCAACAUGCUUUACGACGUUGGAUACGUUUGAUACAGAAUUCUCUGCAGAUUCUGUGGAAUGGUGUCCCAUAGAACCGUUUACCGAUAUGUUUGUAUGCGGUACUUAUCAACUCUCCAAUAAGGAAGUUGGAGGUGAUACGGAAAAUACAAAGUCCCCGAACCGCCUUGGAAGGAUUUAUCUAUUCCGCGUGAACAGUGGCAAAAAACUGAACUUGCUACAGCAUUUGGAUGUUCCAGCUGUGUUAGAUAUGAAGUGGAUGCAUGUAAAAAUGAAUCACAAAAUACUACUCGGUGUUGCCAAUGCAUCGGGUUACAUACAAAUUUAUGAACUCUUGGAUGAGAAUAAUGUUUCAUUGAAAUUAUUCACAGAACAAAAAGUUAAUCCAGAUCAUGGUGAAAUAUUAGUAUUGUCUUUAGACUGGUCAUCCGGUGUAUGUAACAACACUGAUCAAGAUGUGAAGGCUGUAGUCAGUGAUUCGCAUGGUUCUAUUUCAGUACUUGAAUUUCGUGGCGAGAGUCUAGUGAACAAGUAUUUGUGGAAUGCUCAUGGCUACGAAGCAUGGAUUGCAGCGUUCGAUUAUUGGAAUACUAAUGUCAUAUACACUGGUGGAGAUGAUUGUAAAUUUCAAUGGUUCGACAUGAGGAUGGGUACACAACCAGCUGGAAUUAAUAGAACACACGGCGCUGGGGUCACAAGUCUCCAUAGUAAUGCAGCUCAAGAAUUUACAUUGGCUUCUGGAAGCUACGACGAAAUCUUGAGAUUAUGGGAUGUGCGCAAAUUGCGUAAUCCGGUUUCCGAGCUGAACCUCAACGGUGGUAUCUGGCGUUUGAAAUGGGAGCCCAAACAUCAUAAAUUUUUGUUGGCUGCAUGUAUGUAUGGUGGGUUCAAGAUAAUCGAUUGUGUUGAUACAGGGGCACCUAAUGUUAUCGCCCAAUAUACGGAACAUGAAAGUAUAUCCUACGGCUGCGAUUGGUCAUCUUUGAGCAGCAGUGAAAUCAAACUUCGGGGGAUUGCGGAUUGUGCUCUGGAUACAGGAGUGUUAAUUGGAACCUGUUCAUUUUACGAUCACAUAUUGAAACUAAGCAGUGUUGACUUAAAUAAACAAGAGUGAAAAAACCCAAUAUUUCCGUUAUUAUCAUUCCUUUUGUAUCGUCCUUC